CUUGUGGCCAAUAACUGCACUAUCGUCCCCGGUGGUUUUGGAGAAACGUGCUAAUGCACGGCGCGAAGAGAAAUGUGCUACAAUGCGACAUGCAACUGUACGACUCAACUCGUACCUCGUACCGGUGAAAAAUGAGAAGUCGCGCGUGUCGUAAUUCGUAAUCAUGCACGUAACGUGACGUAACUAUAAAGUGGCAGUGGGGAUAAUCCGAUAAUGUGAUAUCAUGUGCCAUAUGCAUAAAAAUAAGCAAAUACUUUAAAUACUUCAUCCUUUAUGCACACGGAACCGAGUAUUUCUUUGAAGAAUCACUAGUAAAAGCUUUUACUUGCCUUUAUACAUAUAAUCCUAUGUAUCCAAAAAGGGGGAAUUCUUACGGCAACGCAAAUAGAGGAGAAACGCACGCACGGCAACGGAGCACUGCCAGAGUAAACAUAGACAGCCAGCCUUAACAUUGGCGGCAACCGACGAUUUCCCUACUCUCUAUUACUCUUUAAUACAACGUAUAACCUAUAAAGUGUUUCUCAGAUAUUGUUUCAUUCACGUGCUCCGAAUCUGUGUUGCGAGAGAUGUAUUUUUAUUAAGAUGACUAUUUUCUAUAAAGAAAUUUCUAAAGAAAUGGAGUAUGAACAAAUGAGUGAAGUUGAUGAGGAUAUGGAAGAAAGUAGCACUGAUAGUAAUGAAGAGGAUUCUAUUGCAAGUGAUGAAGUAGAAAAUAAUAAAUCUAAGAUAUAUCUUCCUGGAAAGUCUUUAGAAUGUGGAGAAGAACUUAUUGUGGACAAGACAGCAUAUCGAAUGUUACAUCAUGCCCAAUCCGGAGCUCCGUGUCUUAGUUUUGAUAUUAUUUUAGAUGACUUGGGUAAUAAUAGAGAAGAUUACCCAUUGAAUAUAUAUCUUGUGGCUGGAACUCAAGCUGCCAAGACACACGUUAACAAUCUCCUUGUUAUGAAAAUGAAAAAUCUAUGUGGUAUAGAAGAUAAUUCUGAUGAUGAAUCAGAUGAUGAUGAAUUACAUAGCGAAAGUGAUACGAAUAUACCAAUUUUGUCUGUUGCACCAAUAAAGCAUCAAGGUUGUGUUAAUAGAGUUAGAUAUAAAAGAAUUGGUAAUAAAGCUCUGGCAGCAAGUUGGAGUGAAUUAGGACGUGUACAUAUUUGGGAUUUGGAUAAACAAUUAAAUGCACUUGAUAAUGAUGAAUUGCUACGUGCAUAUAAUAAGGAGUCUAAAAAAAAUGAUGGGAACAUCAAACCAUUAUUUAGUUUUAAAGGACAUCUUUCAGAAGGAUAUGGACUUGAUUGGUGUCCAACACAAGUAGGCAUGUUAGCUUCUGGUGAUUGCAAGGGUAACAUUCAUAUAUGGCAUUUUAAUAAUUCUUCAACUUGGCAUGUGGAUCAACGACCUUAUAAUUCACAUGCACCAUACAGUGUUGAAGAUAUUCAGUGGUCACCUAAUGAAAGACAUGUACUUGCUUCAUGUUCUGUUGAUAAAAGUAUCAAAAUUUGGGAUACAAGAGCAAGUCCACAAUCUGCAUGCAUGUUAACAGCAGCUAGUACACAUACUGCUGAUGUUAAUGUUAUUUCAUGGAAUUGUAAAGAAAGUCAGUUUCUUGUAUCUGGUGGUGAUGAUGGCUUGGUUUGUAUAUGGGAUUUGCGCCAGUUUAGUGCUAAUAAUACAAGAGCAUCAGCCAUAUUUAAGCAACACACUGCACCUGUUACAACAGUAGAAUGGCACCCUCAAGAGGCUACUGUAUUUGCUUCUGGUGGAGCUGAUGAUCAAAUUGCUCAGUGGGAUUUAUCAAUAGAAGUCGAUCCAUCAGAAGAGAUAGAAGACAGUGAAUUAAAGGAACUUCCACCACAAUUGUUAUUUAUACAUCAAGGUCAAACUGAUAUAAAAGAAUUGCAUUGGCAUCCUCAAUGUCCUGGUACUGUAAUAUCAACGGCACAUUCAGGAUUUAAUGUAUUUCGUACAAUUAGUGUAUAAUCUGUCCAAUAAAAAGUCCAAUGUUUAUAAAAUA